ACGCUUUCACAAUCACAAUUCGUAAUUGCUUUUGCUGUGUGCAUUAGUACAUACAUACACUUGUUGUACACACGUACUUAUUACGCCCGCCACUGGCUUAAUCAGCUUUUAUAACGACAUAAAAACAAAGGCAGGAAAAGGUUAAAGAGGCCUGAAUUGUUCGAUCUGUUUCACGUGCGGAUUUUACCGAAGAUGGAAAACAGUGGCGAAAGCGGCGAUGAUGGUCCUUUAGGAUCGACAUUUCUGGGUGGAAAUACCGUUGCGGGAUCCUACAUUGGCGUACAAUCAGAUGAUAUGGAAGAUGAUCCCGAAAACACGGACGACUCGAAUCAUGGCGCGGGGGAUCCUUUGCAGAGCCCUGGAGUUUCCACUGGUGGUGGGCCGCUUCGCGAGCAGGAUCGCUUCUUGCCGAUAGCAAACGUUGCCAAAAUCAUGAAGAGAGCCAUUCCAGAGUCCGGAAAGAUUGCCAAAGAUGCGCGUGAAUGUGUUCAGGAGUGCGUGUCAGAAUUUAUCUCCUUCAUCACUUCGGAAGCAAGCGACAGGUGUCACAUGGAGAAGCGCAAAACUAUCAAUGGUGAAGACAUUCUGUUUGCCAUGACUACGCUCGGCUUUGAUAAUUACGUCGAGCCUUUGAAAGUGUACCUGCAAAAAUAUCGUGAAGCAACAAAAGGUGACAACCCACCCAACGCAACAGCCACUGGCAAUGGAAAAACAGAGCCGCAGAGCAUGUACGAGGAUCAAUUGUUCGCUAUCACCGCGACGGCAUCCAGCGUGAGCACUUCCGACUCGUCUGUCAUCUACAGUUACUCGUCGAACGAGCAGAUGCAGUUUCAACUUUCCUGAUUAUUAGGAGUUAAAGUGAUAUUGAUAUAAGUAUUUAUCGUAUUUGUUCAGAGACACACUGUGAUCUGUGAAAUAUGGGCAUGAAGAUGAUAACAUACAGAUCCAAUCAUGUGGAAAAGAAGAACGGUAUUUGCCUAGCAAUAAGCAUAGCAAAGUAUCUUAAGUUUUAACAUUAAGAUCCAUGAUCAUAAUAAGAUUUGGUUCAGAUAAAGUAUCAGAGACAAAAUAACUUUAAUCUUUGUAAAGAAGCUUGUAAGCGUGAGCGUAAAUAAAUCAGGAGGCUUCGCGAACGAGACCCGGUCUCGACGUAGUUUGU